CCCGUUUGGUUCAACUUUUAGAGCCUAAAAGUUGCGUUUUGCAAAACGCUGGCCCAAAAAUUGCGUUUGGUUAUUACAAAACGCAACUUUGGGUCAAAAGUUGCGUUUUAAAAAACGCCCAAAACGCGCAUCAGCCCUUAUGCGAAGCAUCAGGUCCAUUUUCCAAAAGUCUUUGGGCGUUUUGGGGUAUCCGUUGGGGUGAGCAGGCAAUUACGAAAUCACCCUUCAAAUGCUCAUGUCUUCAGAGAUCGCACAGGCAUUUCACUUUGGGUCUCUCUGCUCUGCGCAAGCUCCUUCGUUCCUCUCAUCUCUGUGCUGCUACAAGUAACAACUUUCCGCGCGUAGAGUUUUGAUCAAAAAAACCCCAAGCAACACGGAUCUGCUACCCAAAGCCACCAGCUUAAACCAAUAUGGAUGAUUAUAAUGGUACUCAUGAGAGUGGCCAUUUUAUGGAACUAUUAAUGGAUGGAGAUUACAGAAAUUACUGUGAUGAUUUUGAUGAUGGUGAUUAUAACAAUGUUGACAAUAAUGAUAAUGGUGAUAACAAUGAUGAUGAUGAUGGUGAGAGUAGUGACAGUGAUGAUGACAGUGAUAGUGAUUCUGAUGAUGAUGGUAGUAAUGAUGAUUCUGAUGAAGAGUUUUACCAGCUUGUGGCAGUUACUUGUGAAGCAGUUGUGACAUAUUUCAAUAAGUACAUUAAUAAGACUCCUUGUUAUGAUUCUGAACAAACAGGGUGGGUUUGGGUGAGACGUUGUAUGGAAGGUAAUGAGAAAUUGUGUUACAAUAUGUUUAGAAUGAAAAAGGAGGUGUUUCAUAAUUUGUGUCAAGUUUUACAACAUGAUUAUGGACUUGAACAUACAAGGAAUAUAAGGUUAGAAGAGUCAGUGGCAAUCUGUUUACUGAUACUUGGUCAUGGAACAUGUAACCGAAUGGUUCAAGAAAUAUUUCAGCAUUCAGGUGAAACCAUAAGUAGGCAUUUUGAGAAGAUGAUAACUCUGUUGGGUGCUCGCUUUGCAGCUGCAUAUGUAAAGCCUUCAGAUCCAACUUUUAGUGAAGUUCCAACCAAAAUACAAGACCAUCCAAUUUAUUGGCCACAUUUCAAAGAUUGCAUCGGUGCGAUUGAUGGCACACAUGUGAUGGCGGUUGUACCUACUGAGAAGUCCAUUCCGUACUUUGGAAGAAAGGGAUAUCCAACCCAAAAUGUGAUGGCUGCAUGUGACUUUGAUAUGUUAUUCACAUUUGUUUUGCCUGGAUGGGAAGGUGCAGCACACGACACCUCUAUUUUUCUUGAUACUAUUCGUAAACAAAGUAACAACUUUCCGCACCCACCACCAGGUUUGUGCCAUGGUUAAUCAA